AUGCUGAACUUCAAUGAACAGAUAGGAUUAUGGGCCAUUCCCGUUUCAUAUCCUUCUCUUUCGUCGCUUAUAUACACCCCAAUCCCUGUAAUGGCAACUCAACUAGUCCAGUUUAUCCACCCAUUCACCUUAUCUUAUCGUGAUUAUCAUCAUGGAUUCAAAACCAGUAACAACAAGAAGGUUAAUUGGCGCUGUUACACCGGCGGCCGGAGCGGCGGGUCCAAUUGGGAUUGGGAGAAGACUGUAAAGCCGAACCAAAGGUCCAGAUUCGGCAACCAAUAUGCGACAGAUGACUAUGAUGAUGAGGAGUUUGGGUUCAGGAACGCCGCGAAGCAGAGGAUUUGGUGGUCUGAAGAGUUUUACGAAGACGAGGAGGAAGGAUUUGGGAUUCUCGAAGGUUCCAUUGGUUUUAAUUGGAUUUUCAAGGUAUUCAGGGCCUUUGGUUGGAUGCUUCCAGCUAUCAUCAUUUCACUGCUUGUCGGAACAGGCCCCAAUACUAUCAUCAUGGCAUUAGCCCUACCUCUUGCACAAUCAGCACUUUCUUUAGCGGCAAAUACAUUGUGGGGAAGGUCUAGGGACACCUCGAGACCGAAAUCUAAGGGCAAGAAGUGGACAUACACUGGAGCUACUAGCAAUAACAGAGUCGGAAAGGAGAAGCGAAAACAUCCUCAUACUAAGAGGAAGGAAGCAUGGGAUCAUCGGUCAUGGGCAUCUGCAAGUAAUGCGUCAGCCAAAAGCGGGAAGAGUGACCGACAAAAUUUUGGUGGAUGGGACGAGUUAGACGAGCAAACAGGAGUGCACAAAGUGUCUAAUACAGCGCCAAUUGUGAAGGCAAACGAACCAAGAAUGCAAGAUAAAGUUAAUAUGAGUCGGAGAACAAAGGGAGGUACUCCAUUACUCGUGAGACUGCUGAUUUCCGUAUUCCCAUUUUUGGGGUCUUGGACCAAGGGGAAUUUUUUUCCAUUCAUUGCAAGCAACCAGCUUUGA